AUGGAGGGGAUGAAUGAGAAUUUAAUUUCAUUGAAAGCUGAUGUACAAAAGAAUGAUAUCAUUCAGAAUCUUCAAGAGAAAUUAAAGAAUUUCGAUAUAAAACCUUCAGUUGUGAGUGAACAACCAACGACUCAAACAGCAACCACUUCAAUUCUAUUCGGUAAUGAACUAUCAUCACAACCAUCAGCUGCUUCAUUAUUCGAUGAUGUUCCAUUUAAUGUUUCAACAACAUUUGAACCACAACAAGAAGUUUUCGAAGAAAUUAUUUAA